GCACCCAGCAUCUGGGUGUCAGCUUUCUUUCUAAAAUGUGAUAUGUAAUUUUUUAGAAUAGGUUUCCUCUUUAAAAACUGGUUUGUCUUAUGAAUGGGUAUUUUUAAAUUUUUAUUUCGGACAGAUUUUUUUUUUUAAGGGUUUCCUGUUCCAAGAGUCCCUGACUGAAUUGCCACACUGCACUUUAGUGGUGGCACAAAACUAAACAACAAUGCCUUCCUUAAACAGAAAUAUGACUUACUGGGUGGAUUUGAAGUGCCUGCUGAGCUGGGGGUGGCUAGGUAAUUUCAGAUUACUGGGGCUGUUGUAAAUGGAAGGAUUCAGGGGACGGGUCUGGACACCAUGAGAUGCGAGCAAGGACUGGGCCAGCGUUGAUUCUGUUUACAGUAUAAGCUACUUUGUGAUAUUAAUAAUGACUGAAAAUGGUGAUAAGUAAAAGAUGGCAUUGGGAGGUAUGUUAAUGCGAGCAAUAUAAAAAGUGGACUCUAUUUCUUAAAGGAAAUGUGCCUGACAAGCACAAAUAUGAAGCAGCUGGAGUGGUCAGUUAAGCAAACAAGAUGCUGAUAGCACGGAUCCAUAAAGUGGUGGACUGACAGAUGGGGAGAAAUAGGAGCUGUGGCUGUAUCAGAUGUGGCAUGGAGGUGGCUGAAGUCACACAAGGAGAGCUUGUUCUAAUUGUUAUGUUUUGUUUGUUUAAUGCAGAAAGAUCAAGUAAUGUCACGGCAACUCCUAACACCACAAGUUCUGUUUGCCCCACAGGAGACACGCUCUGUAUUGUUCGAGUGUAUGAGUCAGAAGUGAUCAUCGUUCCAACUCUUCUGGUGGCUGGUUUCAUCAUCAUUUUCACAUGCAUCUUGGUGCUCAGGUUCUGUCCAGAUUGUAAAAACAGAGGAAGGCAAAGAAAGACCACAUCUACCUAUGGAACGACAGACAAUGUACAUCAUGUGCAUCAUUUCCAAGAUGAUAUUGCUCUUCAAGAGUCUCGCAGUCAAAUGAUGGAUGCCUUAGAAAUCCCCCAUGAAAAACUGCAAGGAGAAAUGAAACCUUUCCCUCUCACAGCUUCGGCUGAGGCCUUGAUGCAGAGGCCAUCAGUCAUCUCUAAAGCAAUGGUCACUCUGAUGCAGGCAGAUCUGGUCACUCAAACGGAUCCUUUAGUGAAGAAGAGAGUUGUCGUACGGGCACUUAACAAGCUGGCCACUCCUGUAGAGACACAGGAAUUCCUCAGCCGAGCCAAGUUUGAGGCGAGUCUGGGAAAGCACCCUCACAUAGUGGAUGUCCUGGGGGUGUGUACCACUGGCCCUCCACUAUGGAUUAUCUAUGAAGAAAUGGAAAACCAGGACCUCCUUAGCUUCUUAUGGAAGUGUAGAAGGGAUUUCAUGCAAAUGGCUACAGAGAUACCAUGUGACCUGACGGAGAAAGGAAUCUUUCGGAUCGCUCAAGAAGUGGCAUGUGGACUGGAUUACAUUCAUGAAAAAGGCUACCUCCAUGGUGAUGUAGCAGCUCGCAGUGUUUUAAUUGGAAAAGACAUGACGGCUAAAUUAAGUGGUUUUGGCAGAUCCUACCACUGCAAUAGAAGAGGGACACCUACAUGGGAAGGGUUUAAGAAAUGGCUGGCUCCUGAAAGACUCGCUAAAAGACCUGCAACUAAGAGGAGUGAUGUGUGGUCUUUUGGUGUUCUGCUCUAUGAAAUCAUAACUCUGGGUGAGGCUCCUUUUCCAGACAUUCCAUGUAAUGAGAUGCUUCAGAACUUGCAGAGAGGUCACACACUUAAAAGACCCCCAAAUUGCAGCAAUGCAUUGUACAGCAUUAUCAGGGGAUGCUGCCAAUGGCAACAGAACAAGAGGCCCAGCUUGAUGGACCUUAAACGGCGCCUACAGCUAGGCGAAAAACAAGCAAAUGACCAAGUCAUUCUACGAGUGCCCGAGAAAAUCAGUAUUGGAAAAUAUAUGAAGGAAGCUGGGCUUCUGCAGCAAGAAAACUAUGCAAUACUGUAAUUUCCUGUUCUUCUGCCAAUUUAUACCACAUCUAGAUUCAUUUUUAAAAGGGUCUCUGAAAUUUAGUCAAUGUAACAGUUUGAUUUGCAAGAACUACACCAUCUUAAGAGAUCCUGAUACACCUGCACUACUACAAGUAACAGAGGACAAUCAAACCUUCUUGCUUUUAUGAAACAGGAAUCCUUGUUCCAUGUUUCAACGUAUGCCAGGGAUUUGGCCUUCUUUGCACAAGUGGACUGUUUACAUAUGGGCAAAACCCAACCCCAUAUUUUACUUUUUUUUUUUUUUUUUAAGUUAAGAUGCUGUACUUUUUCAGGGGAAAAAUCACUUCAGAUGUUUACUGAUUGUAUUUUCAAAUGCAUUAAUUGUGUAAAAAGGAAUAUUCUAUUCUAAAUAAAAAUGUAAUUUAAUUGUU